UAUGUUGCUCAAUUUGAAAAAGACAUGGAAAUGUUGUUAAAUGCAAGCGCUGAGGAGAUUGCUGAAGGUGGAAUGAUGGUGCUUGUUACACCAUUUGCAAGUUACACACGUCUCAUGAUUUUUUUUGGUUCUAGUCUUAUGGAUUUGGUGAAUGAGGGAAAGUUAGACGAAUCUUUAGUUGACUCAUUCAAUUUUCCAAUGUAUUUUCCUUCUCCUGAAGAUAUGACUAAAGUGGUGGAGAAAAAUGGUUUUUUUAGUAUUGAGAUAAUGGAGUUGACAUAUGCCAAAUCAAAGCUUGUGGAUGAGGCUGAUGCAAAGACUUUUAUGAUAAAUCUAAGGGCUGUUUUAGAAGGACUAAUAAUAAAUCACUUUGGAAGUGAAAUAGCAAAAGAAGCUUGUGCAAGGACUAUUCUAAAAAGUGAAGAGAUUUCGACAUGGAUGAAAGCAAAUUAUGAGAAAUCAUGUCAAUUGUUUGUUGCUUUGAAGCGUAAAUGA